AUGCGUACUUUGUUGUCCCUGAAUCAGAAGCGGCUAUUAAACAUGGCCGGCGUUGGCUUCCAACGAUGGGCCCGGUUUCUUUCAAAGGGGAAAUAUUCUAACAUUUCAGCGCUUCUGUCAGGAUGUAGAGCUGCCUCUAGUGGUAUGAAGAACGGCCCAUACCCCAAAACCCUCGAGGAGAGAGCUGCUGCAGCAAAAAAGUACAACAUAAGGGUUGAGGACUACGAACCAUAUCCCGACGAUGGCGAUGGAUAUGGUGAUUACCCGAAGCUAGUGGACAGAUCUCAGCAUGAGCGGGACCCCUGGUACCAGUGGGACCACCCUGACCUGAGAAGGAACUGGGGUGAACCGAUGCACUGGGAUUUUGACAUGUACAUCCGGAACCGUGUGGAUACCUCUCCCAGCCCUGUUCCUUGGUCCACAAUGUGCAAACAACUGCUUGGUUUCAUUGGAUUCAUGCUUUUGAUGUUCUACAUUGGGCAUGAAAUGCCAGUUUAUCAACCUAUUGGUCCAAAGCAGUUUCCCUACAACAACCUGUACUUGGAAAGAGGAGGAGAUCCAAACAAAACACCAGAGGACGUCAAAAAUUAUGAAAUCUAAUGUCAGUGCUCUUACUGCAACUAUGUGUACAUAUGAUUCUUCCACAAAAUAAAGACUUAACGUUA